UAUCUCUUAUAAUGUAAAGUCACCAUGAAUCUACAUCGUCCCUGCCCGUUCUUGUCUAUCUCCAACCCCAUUUCCCUCCACUUCCCCAUCAGCUCUAGCGUAGCCCUCACCGUCCUUUCUCUUGCUGUAGGAAUCACAGCCUACGAGGUAUGUCCAGCGUUUACGCCUGGGAUGCGGGGCUGGUGGGGGCGUGGCUCCCCACCUUCCUGUUGGUUCUGUUCGGCAUCCUUCUCUUCCGUAGCGUCUUCGGAGGGCGACCCAAGAACUUUCCUCCUGGAAUGAUGAUCCUGCCUGUAGUGGGUUCCCUCCUGUCCAUGCCAUUUGGGCCCAGCGUGAAGAUGUUGCGUGGCUUAAGGAAGAAAUAUGGUGACAUAGCAAGUUUCGGAAUAUUCAGCACAAGGGUGGUGCUGGUGAGCGGCGUCAGCGUCAUGAAGGAGGUGUUUGCAAUCAAGAGCACCACAGACCGUCCAGAAAUGAUUCUCACCACUGUCAGAAAUCGAAUCCUCACGGACGGUCGCACGACGGAGGUCGGUAUCGGUGGAAUUUCUGGCCAGUUGUGGCAGGAGCAGCGUCGUUUCCUGCUUCACCAUCUGCGUGACUUGGGGUUCGGCAAGAGUAGUUACGAGCCCGUUAUGGUUGAAGAGAUCACAGAGUUGAUGGACUGUAUGUCAAAUGAAAAGGAUCGCCCCUUGGAAAUGAAGCGCCUGUUCAACCGGUCGGUUAUCAACAUCCUGUGGGCGAUGGUGAUGGGGAGGCGCUAUCCCUACGGCCACGCCAAACUCCACAAACUCAUUCACUCAUUUGUCCAGCCAUCGGACUUCAACCUCCUAUCUCCAAUACAACACAUCCCACAUAUCUUUAAGAUCAUGGAAUACAUCCCGACAGUGAAGGAAGGCUUAUCAAGACUCAGAAACAUUCUCAGUUUUGUUAAGGCUGAGAUUAAGGACUUCAUGGCAGACAGAGAACUCAGGAACGGCGAUAACUUCGCAGCACUUUACUUGAAGGAGAUUGAGAAAAAAGAAAAUCCAAACUUCAACAUGGACCAGUUGAUGGGUGUUAUCUUCGACUUGUUCGUGGCUGGCAUGGAGACCACCUCCAGCACCCUAACCACAGCCGUAUACCUGAUGGCCAAACACCAGGACGUGCAGCGCCGUGUGCAGGAAGAGCUGGAUGAGGUGGUGGGCAGAGACCGCCUCCCUUCUUUCUCUGACAUGGAACGGUUGCCCUACGUGCAAGCCACCAUUCAUGAGGUGCAGAGGAUAUUCAGCCUAGCUAAGUUUGCCCUUCCACACAUGACAAGUGAAGACUGCAAACUUGGCGGCUACGACAUCCCCAAAGGAACCUGGCUGAUGGCUAACCUGGACGACGCUCUGAAAAAUUCUGAGUAUUGGAAAAAUGCUCGGGAAUUCGAUCCUCAAAACUUCCUUGAUGAAGAUGGGAAGUACAAGAGGAACAGUGCCUUCAUGCCCUUCGGAGUGGGUAAACGUACAUGUGCCGGCGAGCCCAUGGCCAGGUUGGAACUAUUCCUGUUCUUCACUCACCUGUUCCAGAGGUUCACCUUCACACUGGUGGAGGAAUACAAGCCAAUAGUUGAAACCAACCCAACUUUUAACGCUGCACCAGAGUACACUGCCAGUGUAAAAUGCCGCCCUAAAUAAACCUCGAUGCGAUCUAAGUAAGAAGUAUAUCCUAAUUAAUGUAAUUGUAUCAUAAUAAGCCUAAACGCAGACUUAAACAUAUGCAGACGAUGUAGUUCCUUAGUAACAAUAUAUAUCACUAAUAUCUCCCCGUUA